AUGGUUGAACUGCGAAAAGCGUUCGCUAAGCCAAAAUUCUCUCCCUUUCUGGGUCCUCAAGAUUUCUAUGAAUCGGGCGCAGCAGGAUCCACGGAAACAGCAACCACGCACUUUCAUCAACCGCCUCCUCAUUCCGACGACGAUUCUUUAUCUGAGUCUUCCAUCUCAUCCGCAUGCACCAUCAAACCACCCCAUGAUCAACCGCCACAAGAAAUUCGCCCAGUAUCUAGAAUCAAGCAAUCGAUAACUCCCAUCCCAUGGACCAACUAUUUUGAACGCGAAAUCUACAUUCAAUCUGAAUUUGAAACUGAAACAAUCCUCCACCAUGGUUAUUUGACCUGCCCAGUCGAGGCUGCACCAUUAUUUGUGACACAUCACGGUGCCGGAUCAUCAGGUUUAUCUUUCGCGACACUAUUUAUGGAGAUUCGAAAACAGCUACCUAUGGCUGGAAUUCUAUCCAUAGAUGCCCGUGACCAUGGGUUGACUCGCCUCAUGUCUACUACAAGCAAAACAGUAGAUCUAAGCUUAGCCACUCUUAGUCUGGAUCUCUUCUCAGUAAUAGAAAAUACGAAAAUACAGAUGGGCUGGAAAACCCUACCACCUGUAGUUUUACUCGGACAUUCAUUGGGAGGAGCCGUUGUCACUGAAUUAGGCAGUAGUGGUAAAUUGAAGGAGCAACUAUUAGGUUACGUGGUCUUGGACGUGGUUGAGGGCUCAGCUCUCGACGCCCUCAAUGUCAUGAAAACCUACCUAUCUACACGACCCACGGGUUUUCCUAGCCUAGAGGCUGGCAUUGCAUGGCACCUUCGUUCACAGACAAUUAGAAAUCCUUUAUCGGCGCGGAUAAGUGUUCCCGCCCUCCUGGUUCAUAAUGAAGAUGCGCCAAGCUCGCAGGCCUGGACCUGGCGCACGGAUCUUUCAGCAACCGAGCCAUUCUGGAAGGGUUGGUUCGUGGGAUUGAGUAAGAGCUUUCUUGCAGGCAGGGCGGGCAAGUUGUUGCUUUUGGCCGGCACCGAUCGUUUGGACAAGGAGCUACUGAUUGGUCAAAUGCAAGGUAAAUAUACAUUGCACAUCUUCCCCGAGACUGGACAUUUCAUACACGAAGACGCUCCAGAUCAAGCUGCCAUGAAGAUUGUCGAAUUUUAUCGACGAAAUGAUCGCAGUUUACUCGUCCUGCCACCAAAGGUAAGCGACCUCUUACUCGCUGGCAAAAAAGUGUAG